CCGAACGUCGAAUACACACGCGCGCCUCACAACGCGACGAGCCACCAACGGUCAGCCUCGAUCACCACACCUUCAUGUCAUGGCGAUUCUGCAGACAUGUUGCUGUUGGCACUCGGUGCGGGCGGGCAGCUACGCCAGCGCGGCCUACACCAUGACUUACUUUUCGCUGAUCUCAAUGAUCCUGUACAUGAUACUGGAGGAUGAAGACUGGGGCCGAUCGAAGAGUAAGAGUGCUCCCACCGUGGAAGGGUCACGUCUUUUGGCCACCGUUGCCCCAACCAAUAACUUGAAAGGUGGCGUCAGCAGUUUUCUGGAACCUGAAGGAAUAUCGCAAGUUUCAGUGUGGAUUGCGGUUGCAGUGCUCACUUGUGCCUUAACUGGUAUCCUUUCGUCCGUUUUACUCAUUGCUGGACUCUACACAGACAGGAGAAGCUUUCUUGUACCUUGGGUGUUUAAUGUGAUGGGAACGAGUGCGAUGGAUUUGUGUCACACGUUCUACUUGCUCCUCUUUGAGAAGUUGGAGUUCAACCCGUUGACUGGCAUUGUGCUGACGUUGGAUUUCUUCCUUCUUAGUCUGAACGUUUACUGUCUGCUGUGUGUGAUCUCGCAAUAUCAGGAGUACAAGGCCGGCAGAGGAACUGCAUACCACCAACAACAACCGGGCUCGGUGCGCUAUGUGGCUCAACCUAGCGCGACGACGUUUGUGCCGCCAAUCAAGACCAAGCCCAUCAUAAGGCCAGACAUCCUGCAGGCACCUUCUCUCAUGGAGCUCAGGCCCUCACCAAAUGUUAGUCCGACCGUCCCUCUCGCACCUGCCAUUCAAAACAAUGGCUUGCAGUCGGACGUGCCACACAGGGUCCGGUCGGUGAAGAGAGUCCAGUUCCCGGACGCAUCUGAAUCUUCAAUCUAAACGGAAAACGCAUCAAAAUUUUUUGACACCCAGCAACACUCAUUGUCUUCCUAUUGUUACUCUGUCCAUUUGAAACCCUUCCAUUGUUAAAAGGAGUGAAUGAGAUGAGCCGCAUGAUUCCUUUGUUGUGUGAUUUUAAUAAAUGCGCAUUCAUGUUUUAAUGGAAGCCAAUGAUCUCAAAAUAAUUGUGGAUUAAUAUCAUCCAUCAUCUUUGUUAAAUAGAGGUAAAUUAAUGUCCCAAUUAUUGUACCGUUACUGUUAUAGAAAAUUUAUAGAAUAUUCCUCGAUUUUUAACCGCUCUGUAUUUAAAAUUUCCCUUUAGGAGAGAUGUAGAAGUUAAUUGAAUAUCACCUAAUAUUAUAUUAAUAACCCAUUUCCUGUAGGAAAAUUGGAUCUUGAUUGUAAGUAGAAUCGAAGUAUGCAAUUUUCAUUAAAACCUCGUCCAACGUAUAGAAAAAUAAAUGGACAGCAUAAAUUUACAAAGUUCAAAUUAAUAAUGCUAGUCAAAUACCAGAUAAUUUUUGAAAACAAUUACUUAAGCUUACAAUAUUAUAUUUAAGGGAAAUGAUGACUAUUAAUUUUACAAUAAACUUUUGAAAUUUUAAAAUACGGAAUAAAUAAUAUUUAAAAAGCUAGUAUUGCAGAUGUAUUAACAAGAUAGCUAGAUGGUAUUUGUUUACCAUGCACACAUUCCAAAUUAUGUAAUAUUAUCACACACACAUCACUAAAAUUUGCACAAAUACAUGAAAAAAUCUCGAUUUAUACUUGAAGAGGGUUGACAAACAUGAUGUGCCCUAUUGAAGGAAAAUGUUGGGAAAUUAGUGCGCACAAUGAUAUUUUUGUUUAAUUGAACUGAAAAGUUUUGCUUUUAUAGAAAAUAAUACCAUUUUUUAAGCUCUGAGCAAAACGCUUAAACUUUUGUAAAAGAUGCAGAUCUGGAAGCAAUGCAAAACAAUUAAACAAGUCAAAUAUUUCUUGAGAAUGACUUGCGUCAUAUAGGAAAUAAAUCGAGGUAAUUAUAUUUUUAUGUAACAUGCAUUAUACAUUAAGUGUAAGUUUUGGCAUCGUGAUAAUAUAAUAAAUAUUUGUAAUUUCAAGAAAAUCCAGCCGUGUUUUGUUAUUCCCUCCUAAUUUUUAAUAAUGCAUUAGAUCCCUUCCCAAUACCUAAACUAAAUACAAAAUUAAUUAUUGAACUAUAAAUCAUCUUAAUGCUAAAAUUUAACUUUCUUAAUUUGCUUGUAAAGUUGCGAGGUGGAGUGUAAAAUUAAAGAGCAGAUAACUUUUGGUUCCAGCUGUGGUAUUGGUGUUACAAAAUAUAAACACAACACACACUCGAAAGCAAUAAAAUUUUUGCGAAUGAAGCAAGGCUGUGAUGAAUUGCUUCAUUUGCAAGUUGCCUUUGCAAGGACUUUCAUUCACACACUUUCCACACC